UUGUGACGCGGGUGCACGUCAUGACCCUUGGGGCUGCCAGACUCUGCAGUGGCCACUCCCAGCAGAGCAGCUCUCUGAGGAGGCAGCAGCUUCUCUGGAGGCAGCAGCUCCCCUGGGUGAUUGUGGCCAGUGGUCAUUAGAGCACUGCCACAAUGUCAAGGAAGGAGGAACUAAAUGCUCACAGCCAGCCCCGUGAGGGGCAGCCACUGCUGUACCGGCGGCGGCAGCAACAGGUGACCCCCAGGCAGCCACAGGCAGCACCUCAGGUCACCUGGACAACCAUCACACCCAUCCCUGGGGACAGGCCCACUCUGUUCCCCAGAAUCAUCCCGUCAUGGAGCCCCACCAGGUCCCGCACACGCAGGGGCAACCAGGGGGGCGGGCGCUCCGUGCCCCGCAGCAGUGUCACAGGGCCACGGAGAUUGUCCGUGUCGGACUUGCCGCCUCUCCACGGCCCUCAGUUGACACUGGCCCCCCCACAGCAGCUCAGUGCUCAAAGCUCAAGGGCAUCCACUGACUGCGUUAAGCUGCCCCCUCUGCCAGCAGCAGCAGCAGCCUCUGGAUCCUCUCCCAGAGGCACAGCACGUGCUGUGGGCCCCAUGUCCUGGGGCCAGCGAAAGCAUGUGCCACCUCCUCCAUGGGGCACUCUGGCUUCAGGCAGAGCCCAGGGAACACUUUCCCCGGGGAGCAGAACCGGAGGGCUCUGGAAUGGGUCAGCAGCAAGGCAGGGCCACCGCCUGCCACCCGUGACACCUGCACGCGGCGCGCCGCUCCGCACCGGGGUGCAGCCGGCUUGGAAGCCUGUGUGGUGCUCUGUCUGUGAAAACCCACAGCCCUGUGCCACUUCUGUAAAGGAGCUGGAGGAAAAGCGGGAGGAGGAAGAGCACCCAGAAACACAGGCUGCAGGAGAGCAGGACCGAGACCUGCAGAGCGCAUCCCUUGCCCCGUUGGAAGAGAACGAGGAAAAGCGAGAGGAGCUGGAGAAGGUGGAGGAAGACAGAAUGUACGCAGAGCUCUUUGGAGAGAUCUUCUUCUCCAUGGGCAAUGAAGAAAGUGCCAUGACGUCCAGCUGUGAUCUCAGGGAUCCAUCAGGUGCCACGCCGGAAGCAGCUGCAGACCCCUCGGUGCCACUCAGUGCUUGCAGCAUGGCAGAAGAGGCCAGAGGAGAGGCACAAAACUACUUGGAGCUUGUGUCUCGUGAGCUGUUGGCAGACUUGGGGUCUGACUCUGAGGAUUCGCCGUCGCUGGAAACUCUUCUGAACGAGCUCCUGGAGAAGUGGGAGCGAGAAGAAGCGGCAGGAGAGCGGGCCGGAGAAGUAGAGAGCCCGUUGUCCAUCCCGCCGCGAGACGAAGAGUUAGAGCCAGCAGCUACUCCUCCGGACAGCGACCUGAGCGACCAGGGGCACAGCGAGCCUCUCCCCGAGGAGGCAAAGGUGUUUGCGGUUUGCGCCGCGCCUGCCGAUGCCGCGGACGAGGCCGACGCGGCAGGCACGGAGGCUGGCCGUGCCCAGGCCGCCCCUGCCCAGGAAAAGCCCUGCGGGGAUGAAGCGCCGGCAGGAGCUUGCCCGGCGCCUGCCCAGCCCCUGGCCCGCAGCGUUCCUGCCGGCCCCGCUGGCAGCGCAGCCGUCCCGCAGUCCCCGGCCCCACGGCGAUGGCGCUCCAUGGCCAAGAGGGCCCGGCGGGCUCUGCGCCGCCUUUUCUCCUGCAGCUGCCUCAGGGGGCAGCCGGAGGAGUGA